CUCCCCAGACUCAGGGUCCCCGCGCCACUUCCAACCUUCGACCGGCCGCCCUAGGGUGCCUUCCGCCCAACCUCUCCAGCCUCCGGGCGCAAAAGAAUCCUCCUGAUCUCGCCACCGGCUCACGGACAUGGGGACUCCCACUGGAUUCUGGUUGCCCGGCACCGAGACCGCUGUCUCUAGAACACUGCUCCUCGGCUGGGUCCUAGUCCAGGUGGCCGGAGCCUCCGGCACUACGGGUGUCGUGGCGGCAUAUAAUUUAACUUGGAAAUCAACUAAUUUCAAGACAAUUUUAGAGUGGGAACCCAAACCCAUCAAUCACGUCUACACUGUUCAGAUAAGCCAUAGAUUAGGAAACUGGAAGAGCAAAUGCUACUCCACAACAGAGACAGAGUGUGACCUCACUGAUGAGAUUGUGAAAGACGUGAAGCAGACAUACUCAGCGCGGGUCCUUGUCAUGCCGGCGAAUGCCACCGGUUACGCCGGGGAGCCCGUGUACACAAAAUCCCCAGAGUUCACGCCUUACUUAGACACAAGCCUCGGACAGCCCACAAUUCAGAGUUUUGAACAAGUCGGGACAAAACUGAAUGUGGUCGUACAGGACUCACGGACCUUAGUCAAAGCGAACGGCACGUUCCUGAGCCUCCAGGAUGUUUUUGGCAAGGACUUAAAUUACAUACUUUAUUAUUGGAAAUCUUCAAGUACAGGAAAGAAAACAGCCAAGUCAAACACUAAUGAGUUUUUGGUUGAUGUGGAUAAAGGAGAAAACUACUGUUUCAAUGUUCAAGCAGUGAUUCCAUCACGAAAAGUUAACCAGAAGAGUCCGGAAAGCCCCAUUGAGUGCACUAGCCGGGAGACAAGCCUGUUCAAAGACAAGUUCUUCAUCAUCGGAGCAGCAGUGCUCGUGGCCAUUGUCUUCAUCACCACCCUGUCCCUGUGUCUGUGCUACUGCAGGAAGGCCAGAGCAAGGCGAAGCAACGAGAAAAGCUCCCCCUUCUCUGUCGCAUAGAGCACAGGACGUUGGAGCUGCCGACUUCUGCAGAGUUGGUGUUGCACUGUGACCAAGAACUUUUAAGAGAACAGAAUAGAUGGAAACAAAAAGAAGUGUUUUGAUGCACGGAGACACUUGGGCCCAAAGACAGUUCUUUAUCUGACUGUUCUCAUGACUAACAUUCUGGUUUCUACCCCAGCACCUGUCACGCUGGAAUGUGAUGAACGGUACGACCAAUCCCAAGGCUUUUAAAUUUCUUUUUUUAACACUAUGGCACCUUUUGCACAUAUCAUGCUUUGGACUGAAUGUUCUACACCCCAAGACAAAACCAGGUCAUCUGAGCAAAAACAAAUGAACAAAUGCCUUAAAAAAUCCUGGGUAGACUUUUGGAGAACUUUUCAGAGGCUGACUUUAAACCAUGGGGGAGAGUAAAAUGGAAAUCGGGUGGACUUUUCUAAUAUAUGUCUGUCUUUUUUUAAUGUGGUGUUUAGGUACUUCUCUUUUUUUAAGAGGUUUUUUGGAAGUUCCAAACAAUUAGCAAAGUUUUACAUGAAUGUAUUAAACGCAGAAGACUUCCACUUCGGGCACAUUCCUGACAUGCAUUACGGUUUGGCACUUUAACUGACAUCAGUGCUGUUGACUAAACACUUGACAGCUAACUACAAUAUAGAGACUUUAUAUUUUAGAGUUUAUGAUUUAAGGUACUUAAAGCUUAUGUGGACAAUGUCAUAUAUAUUUAUAUAAUUUUUGAAAAGGUUUUAUAUGUGGGGAUUUAUAUUUAUAGAGGUGAUAUUGUUCUGUUUGUAUAUAUUGAGAUAACUUAUUUAAUAUACUUUUCUACAAAUAAAGGUGACUGGGAAUCGUGA